UUAUUAAAUAUAACCGGUCUGUAGGAGACAGCGGGGCAGAAAAUCUUUGGCGACGUUUUGGAUAGUACCGAACCGAACAAGAGCUGCCAGAAAGAGAGACUAGAAUGGUCCUAAGUCAGAUGGAUGCCGGUAAAGCCUUGACGGCGGCAGCAGCCAGAGGGAGUAGCAGCGAGGUGCAGUGGAUCCUGGAGGAAUGCAGGGUGCAUCCCGACACUGUCAAUGAGUUUGGCAGAACGGCGCUGCAGGUGAUGAUGAUGGGAAACUCCAAGAUCGCCAGUUUGUUGUUAGAGAAAGGAGCCGACCCCAACGUCCAGGACAAACAUGGGAUAGCGCCCAUCCACGAUGCAGCUCGAACAGGGUUCCUCGACACUUUGCAGGUUCUGGUGGAGUACGGCGCUUUGGUAAACAUUCCGGACCAGAACGGCACCCUGCCUAUCCACAUCGCCAUCCGGGAAGGCCACCUGGAUGUUGUAAAGUUCCUGGCGCCGCAAUCCGACCUGAAGCACACGAACAUCAGCGGUCAGACGGCGAUAGACGUGGCCCGAGCCUCGUGUGUGCCCGAUAUGAUUAACUUGCUUUUUGCUCACAUUCACAGUUAGUCAGAAGUCUGGGUGUCUUCCCGGUUACCCUAACCUCACACUUCUUUCUUUGCUUCAAACCUGGUGACUUGAAUUCAUUGCUGUGUAAAGGAUUAUUUUUUUUGUUAAUAGUGACUCAGCAUUAAUAUGUGACACAGGACAUAUUGUCUUGGCAGCUUAUUUUCAGUGGAUGGGUGGCUAUAUACUGUAGACACCUCUUUUGCACAGUGCAGUUUAGGCACCUUAUAUAUAUUCAUAUAUAUCUGUUUUCCCUAUUAAUUGGGAGUGCACAUUUGUAGAUAGUUUCCCCCCCAGUGUUUUCUAAUUAUUGCAUUAUUUCCAUUGUGUCAGAAUUGUAACUGUUGCUGCAUUGUAUGUUUGUUUGUUUUUUAUUUUACAAAACUUGACAUGGUGCACCCUGAUUGUUUGCAUAGUUGUGUUUCUCUUAAUUAGAUGUACUUAGACUUUGAAUUUGCUCUUAUGUAUUGUUGGAACAGGACUAAAUAUGCCUGUGACUUUUGUAAAGAGCAACAUUUAUUGUGGUUUGUUGAAAUGUUAUUUAUAUAAAUACUUUUAAAACGAAAGUGAGAUUAUUCACUUUACUAUUUGAAGAAGAAAGCACAAAAUAAAGUGUUGAACUUGAAA